UCCCCAGCGCUCCCUUGUCCUAGCAAAAGCGUUCUUUUCCACUACAGAUCCCAGGAAAAAGGAGUCUUUGAGGAGUGCAUAGAUGUGCGGAGGAGCGAUCAUCUCCGACCUCAUACCGCCGGCGGCGGCGGCGCGGCGGGCCACGGCGGAGUACCUGUGGCCCGGCGGAAGAAAGAAGAGAGGGAAGCACCGGAGGGUGGAGCUGGAGGAUGACUUCGAGGCGGACUUCGAGGAGUUCGAUGAUUCGGAGGAGGAUGAGUUCAAUUAUUACGAGGAAGGCGAGGAGAUCGAUUUCAAGCCCUUCGGAUCGAAGUCCCCUUUCUCGCUAGAUGGUUCAACCACCCUAGAGUCGAGAGAUUAUGAUAGACAAGCAGCUAAGUCAGCUAAAAGGAAGAGAAAGAAUCAAUUCCGAGGAAUACGCCAGCGACCAUGGGGCAAAUGGGCUGCAGAAAUCAGAGAUCCUAGCAAAGGUGUCCGUGUUUGGCUCGGGACAUUCAACUCAGCUGAAGAGGCUGCAAGAGCUUAUGAUGCUGAAGCUCGUCGCAUUCGUGGCAAUAAUGCUAAGGUGAAUUUCCCUACUACAGUAGACUCUCGUCGCCAAAAGCGUGCUUCAAAAUCUACUUCUGCAAGAGCAUUGGCAUCUAGUAUGAUAGAAAAGCGCAAAUUGAAAGAGUCCAACUACAUUAACCACCAAGAAUCUGAUUUCUCUUCUACAAUUGGCCUCUUGGAAGAGAAGGGGCUAACUAAACCUGAUUACUCGAACCCUGCUUUGAUGAAACAACCUUCUGAAUCGUGCGAAGCUCUGAAAUUCCAUUCCGACGAAGAUAGCAACUCAUUUGGUCACCCAGAGUCUGUGUGGAUUAAUGAGAUGAAAACCCCAGAGAUCAUAUCUGUUCAUGCUCCCCCAGCGAACAAAGGCAAUAAAACUGAAUUACUGGGUGAUGAUAACCCUCAGAAAGAUUUCAAUAACAAUUAUGGAUUGGAAUUGCCCACAGAGACAGCCUCCGAAUUUAAACUCCCCGAAGACUGGGUGGCAUUUGACCCAUAUGUGAAAUUCUUGCAAUUUCCAUACAUUGAAGGAAGUGAUGAACUGUCGAUUGACUGUCUAUUUGGUGGUGAAUUGGCACAAGAUGAUUUGAAUGCUGUGAACCUAUGGAGCUUCGAUGACCUGCCUCUGGAAGAUAGUGUCUACUGAUCAAUGACCUCAUCCUGGCUAUUGUUGUUAAGUUUAUAAGAGAGAAGAACUAUAUUGUUAACGUAGGGUUUACCGACUGCCAGAAUUGUCCGUGUGUUGUCAAAGUUUCUGUAUUCAAAAUAAUAUUCAGGAGUAACAGCUUAUUGCUGCCUUACAAACUGUACUUCGUAUAAGUUCUUGUUUGAGAAAUGCUUUUCAAUCAGAUUGCUCUUUGCUUUUUUAUAA